CAAGGGCGUCUCCAGGCCUACAGCCCAAGUCCAUAGGUGGUGGGUUGUCAGGAUGUGGUGGGAGGUGGGGGACUUAGGGAAACUGGGUAAUGUCCUGAGCGCCCCCCCCCCCCUUUAGCUUUAUUUGCAGCCAUAGACCAAAAUUUGGGAUUCAUCAUUCAAUCAUCAGUGCACAAUUUUUUUUUUCUUUCCCUUUUGGUUUGUUUUGUUUUUUAGAGGACCGGAGAAUGGCAGCACAGAGGGACAGAGGGACGCCGGCCCAGCCAAUCCUGAGCUGUGCAGCACUUUCCCCCAACAAACCCAUUCCGUGCAAGGACCCAGAGGAGGGGGCUGCUGGCUCCCCGCCCCUCCCCUGCCUGUGGCCCCCUUGCGGCUCCCCUGUGGGAAGGGCAGCCUGGCCACCUGAGGCUGCAGGGGCAGAGGCUGGCACGGGCCGGGGUGGUGAUGGUGCCGCAGCCCCUCCCUGUGGCCCAGCGUGGGAAGAAGAACCCGGAGCCAGGCAUCUCCAGGCCCGGAGUGGAAGCGGAGCUGAAGCAGGUGAGUCCAAGGUGAUGAUGACGGCAGUGACGAGGACAAGACAGGACCCCCAGCUCUGUCUGCAGGUCUCCUUGGAAAUGACCGAGUCCAGCUCGCCAAUCUGCUGAAAGUGCGUGUGCAAGUACGCUUUUCAUCCACCUUGGCAGUCCAGGACAUGUGCCAGCUGGAUAUGUACCCUCGGAGUUAUUUUCCAGCUGCCGUGGCCAGAAGCACAAUUUAAAGUGGGUGGGGAACGCCCAGCCCGCGGGCCAUUAUACUAGUAAGGCCCACGAAAUCAUUUCUUCUGGCCUGCCAAGGCAUUAGGGGUGAGUUGAAUAAAUGUUUGAGCAAAUAUAGCAGGCUAAUUUUUAAGUGGAUAAUUUUGUGUAGCUCGUGAAUGAUGUUAUAUUAUCCAAAUGGCCCUUGUUAAUAGUUGGGUGUUGAGAGUGGGACUUCUUCCCUCAAAAGUGUAGUGCAAUGGCCCAGGGAUGAAGGAGGAAAUGGCUUGUUGGAGAAGGUGGUCCACAUUCUCUGAGGGGUGCCCGUGGUGGAAAGAGGCUGUGUAUUGCAAAGGGAGGGGUGGUCUCAGGAGGGCCUUGACCAGCUUUCUAAGAAUUUGA